AUGAUUUGUGACUUGGAAUAACACGAUUAUCUAUUAUUCCCUAUAAUCCGCUUUGUCUCUUAUUUCCGCUACUAUAAAUUAUUUACAAAUCCAGUCGCUCACUUACAUUCAGAGUAGGUUUACCGUCAGUAAUAGCAGAUAGUACGUGGUUCCCUUAAUAAUGUCAUACACAACCAUACACUUGACGUAUACACUUGAGGAAGUCGCCGGCCACAAUGGUAAAUUAGACACUGGGCUAUGGAUUGUAAUCAAAGAUAUUGUUUAUGAUGUCACGGAAUAUGUGAAUAAGCACCCAGGAGGAAGAGAAUUAAUUCUUGAAUAUGCUGGGAAAGAUGCCACUUCAGCUUUCAAUGAUUUCGGUCACUCAUCAGAUGCUAUUACUCUCCUCAAACUUUAUAAAAUUGGCCAACUCACUGAGAAUGCAAGAAAAGGGAGCAAAGGAACAAAUAAAACGAAACACAUAUGAACUACAACAAUACAGUAUUGAGAAUAUUUGCUGAAAACAAAAAAAAACGGAAAAAGAAAACAAAUUAUAUCCAACCACCCAUAACACGACCAGUUGCUUUUGAUUUUCCCCGAGGUUUUGUUUCCGGCGAAUCAGAACUCUGUUUAGGCUCAACAUCUUUUUUGACUUCUACUUUUGUUGGUGGCGGUGCAUCUUUCUUCUCAUUUUCCAUUUUAAGAUCUUCAGGUAUCGGAGAAGGAAUAACUCUUUCAGCAUCCAUUUUAUCCUGGCUAUGAGUGGAGAUUGAUUUUUUCAAGACUCCACGUUUGAUAGAUUCACUAGUUGCAGAGCUUAACGAUGGUGCACGACAUACAGUAUCUGUGACAUUGAUUCUGACACUUGACCUUGGUGGAACAGUUGGUUUAGUUGUAGUGUCAUUUCCUGUUUCAGUUGUACCUUGAAAUGAAAAAAAAAAUA